AUGGCUAAAAGAAGACAAAAGAAAAGAACUCAUACAAAGGUAUCCAAGGAGGAGUUGGAGAAAAUACCAAGAUCUAUUGUGCUUAGAUUGGGGUCGACUUUGAAAAAUCAUUCAUUAAGUCAGUUGGUAAAGGAUUUCAGAAAUAUGAUGCAACCCCAUACUGCAAUCAAUUUGAGAGAACGUAAAGCAAAUAAACUAAAGGACUUUAUAGUUAUGGCAGGGCCCUUGGGGGUUUCAGAUUUAUUUAUUUUUAACCAAUCUGAAGAAACUGGAAAUAUUUCACUUAGGAUUGGAAAGAUGCCAAGGGGACCAACCCUUCAAUUUCGAGUUAAUCUGUAUUCAUUAUCUAAGGAUGUGAGGAGAAUACUAAGACACCCGAAGCCUGUAGGGAAAGAUUCGAAGGAGUUUUUGAACCCUCCACUUUUGGUCUUGAAUGGGUUUCUGUCCAAUCUCAAAGAUGCUGAUAAUCAUGAAAAGCUAUUAGUAACAGUAUUACAGGGACUUUUCCCUCCCAUUCAGCCUCAAAAAACCCAAGUCAAUUCUAUUAAGAGGGUACUAAUGUUAAACAAGGAUUCCGAAACUGGAGUUAUAGAUUUAAGGCAUUAUGCGAUAAGCACGAAGUUGGUGGAAGAAAACAGAAAUAUUAAAAAAUUAGUUAGUUCACAUCAUAAUUUAAAAAAGAGCCUACCGAACAUGACAAAUAAUAAGGAUGUGUCUGAAUUAGUACUCGAUCCCUAUUCAGUUGGAGGCGAUACAUCAGAGUCAGAAGUUGAGGAUGAUGCAGUUGUUGAAGUUAAAGGAGAGGAUCCUUCAAGCAUCAAGAAAAACACUAUUUCGAAAGAAAAUGUAGCCGAUACUCCUACAAGGAAAAGGGCUAUCAAGUUAGUAGAAUUAGGACCACGCAUUAAUAUGAACCUCAUGAAAAUCGAAGAGGGUUUGACUGGAUCAUCAAAGACUUUAUACCACGCCAACAUCCACAAGUCUAAGUCGGAGAAAGAAGACUUAGAGAAAAAGCAUGAAGAAAAGAAAAGGAGAAAAGAAGAGAGAAGAAGCAAUCAGCAACAAAACGUUGAUGCGAAGAAUGCUAAAAAGGAGGAAAAGAAAGCUAGAAGAAAGGCUCGUGCAAAUGGUGAAACAGAAAAUGGUAUUAGCUCUGAAGAAGAUGCUCCAGAGAUUAAUCCUGAAGAUUAUGAGAAUGAUAGCGACCUUUACAGUGACAUCGAAAAACUUGACGCAUAA